AUAUGCAGUCGUGAACAUCCCUAUAUAUACAAGUGAAGUCUUCAACGAAUUACCAACCUCACUCAUCUCCGAAUUAGCCCCCAUCAAAAUCAUGAAUCUUACAGAAUAUUCCCAGAUUUUAUUUGUUUCACUAUGUACCCUCAGCCUCUGCUUCUACGUUAUAAACUCUGACGACAACGGAGGAGGCUGGGAGAGAGGCCAUGCCACCUUCUACGGUGGAGCUGAUGCAUCCGGCACAAUGGGUGGUGCGUGUGGGUACGGUAACUUGUACAGCCAAGGCUAUGGGCUACAAACCGCGGCUCUGAGCACAGCUUUGUUCAAUAAUGGACAGAGAUGUGGGGCUUGUUUUGAGCUACAGUGUGAGGAUGAUCCUGAGUGGUGCAUCCCUGGUUCCAUCAUCGUGUCAGCUACAAACUUCUGUCCACCAAACUUUGCCUUAGCCAAUGAUAAUGGUGGUUGGUGCAAUCCUCCCCUCAAGCACUUUGACUUAGCCGAGCCUGCCUUCCUCCAAAUCGCUCAGUACCGAGCUGGAAUCGUUCCUGUCGCAUUCAGAAGGGUUCCAUGUGAGAAAGGCGGAGGUAUAAGGUUCACAAUAAACGGGAAUGCGUAUUUCGACCUCGUGCUGAUAACAAACGUGGGUGGUGCUGGAGAUAUAAGGGCCGUCUCUUUGAAAGGAUCAAAGACUAAUCAGUGGCAAUCCCUGUCAAGAAACUGGGGACAGAAUUGGCAAAGCAACACUUACCUUAGAGGUCAGAGCCUCUCUUUUCAAGUCAUUGCUAGUGAUGGUCGGGCUGUUGUGAGCUACGAUGUUGUGCCUCGUGAUUGGCAGUUCGGUCAAACUUUUGAAGGUGGACAAUUCUAAAUUUUAUGUAUCAACUAUCAAGCGAAACUAAGAGAGGCUAAAGGAGAAGAGUUAUGUUUAAGACAAGACUCUGCUUCUCAUGGAUCAUAUCCACUCUUCUAUUUAUUCUCAUAAGAAAGACAAAGACAAAUGGAACAAGGGCACUUUGUAUUCGUUUAGCAAACAUAUUAAAUAAUCGAUGUGUUGAUAA